GCUCGGUGGAGGAUGAGAAGCCCUACCUGGCUCCCCCAGCCAUGAAAUUCAGCCGCAGCUUGUCCGUCCCCGGCUCGGAGGACAUCCCCCCGCCCCCCACCACCUCCCCUCCCGAGCCCCCUUACAGCGCCCCCCCUUCCGCCACGGGCCGCCUCACCCCCGCCGUGCGCUCCACCUUCAACCCGGCCGCCGAGGCCAAGCUCUACCCGGCCUCGCUGCACCAGGAGCCGGCCGCCUUCGAGGGCCCGGCCCGGCGCGAGAAGCUGGCCAUGUACCGCCAGGAGCUGGAGCGGGGGGCCGAGGGUGGGCCCACCCGGGGCUGGCGCGGGCACCACGCGCACCCAGAGCUGCGUUACUACAACCUGCCGGCCCGGGCGGCCAGCGCCGCCAUGUACGUCCCGGCCAAGCCGCUGCGCCGGAAAGGCCCGCUGGUGAAGCAGACCAAGGUGGAGGAUGAGCAGAGGCAGCAAGGGCCUGCCCCCCAGACUCAGCCGCCCGCCCCGGCGCCGCCCACCCCGGCACCGCCCGCCCCCGAGAAGAACUCCAUCGCCAUCCCCACCAUCGUCAUCAAAGCCCCCUCCACCAGCAGCAGCGGGCGCAGCAGUCAGGGAAGCAGCAUGGAGACGGAGGGGCAGCCGGAGCCGGCCCCGGUGCCUGCCCUGCCCCUCCACAACAGCAUGGACUUCACCAGCCAGUUCGGCGCGGCCCUGGUGGGGGCGGCGCGGCGGGACCGGGAGUGGCACAGCGAGGCCCGCCGCCGCUCCGCCCUCUUCCUCUCCACCGAGGUGCCGGAGGACGAGGCGCCCGAGCCGGCUCCGGCGCCCCGGCUCCGGCACUCGAAGAGCAUCGACGAGGGCAUGUUCUCGGCCGAGCCCUACCUGCAGCUGAGUUACGCCCAGCCCCUGCCGCCGGGCACCUAUUACCAGCCGCGCACCGCCAAGGCCUACGGGGGCGCCGGCACCACCAGCGCCUUCACCACCGUCUGCUCCAGCUUCCUGCCCCAGCUCCAGCCCCGGCCGGGCGGCGGGAACGCCCCGCCCCUCAUCCACCCGCUGACGGGCAAGAUCCUAGACCCGGGCUCGCCCCUGGGCCUGGCGCUGGUGGCCCGGGAGCGGGCGCUGCAGGAGUCGCACUCCCAGCAGCUGCAGCAAGGCCGGGCGGAGGCGGAGGAGCGAAGGUCCCGCCCGUCCUCGCCCCGGUUUGGGGAGGUGGCGCCGGAGCCCUCCGGAGGAGGCGGCUCCAUCCUGCGCCUGUGGGGGGCGCCGGCAGGCGAGCCGCGCCCGGAGAGCCCCCGGCGCCGGACCCCCUCCGAGCCCAAGGGCGCCCCGUGGGCAGGGGAGAAGCGAGGGGAGGAGGGGGCCGGGGGCGAGAAGCUACACGUGCGCUUCGUGGAGAACUGCCGGCCCCGGGAGGAGAGCGAGCCGGCGCCGGCCCGGGGGGUGGAGGAGAACGGGCUGCCCCUGCUGGUCCUCCCGCCGCCAGCUCCCUCCAUCGACGUGGACGACGAGUUCCUCUUCACCGAGCCGCUGCCCCCGCCGCUGGAGUUCUCCAACAGCUUCGAGAAGCCCGACUCCCCCAAGGCGGGCCGGGAGCCCCCCGCCGUCCCCGCCCCGGAGCCGGCGCCCGCCCCGCCGCCGCCCCCGCCGCCCGCCACCGCCGCCCUGGACUCCACCACCUCCAGCCUGACCUCCUACGACAGCGAGGUGGCCACGCUGACCCAGGGCGGGGCGCCCGAGCCCCGGGAGGCCCCCCACGUCAACUUCUCCUCGGUGGUGUCCUCCAUCCAGAUCCCGGCGCCCGAGCCCCCCGAGGCGGUGACCGACUCGGGCAUCGAGGAGAUCGACAGCCGGAGCAGCAGCGACCACCACCUGGAGACCAUCAGCUCCGUCUCCACCCUGUCCAGCAUGUCGGGGCUGUCCAGCGAGGGGGCGGAGCUGUUGGAUAGUUACGUCACCUACUUGGACGGCCAAGCCUUCGGCGGCCCGGCGGAGAAGCCCGGCAAGCUACGUUCCCGGCCCUUCCCCGCCCGCCGCGACCCCGCCACCCCCACCAGCUCCACCAUCUCGGUGGCGGCCUGCGCCGAGAGCGUCUUCGCCCUCACGCCCGCCCCGGCCCAGGAGCCGCCCGCCCCGCAGCGCCGCUCGCCCACCCUGCCCUGGGAGGAGGGCGGGGCGGCCAAGCCCUCGCCCGUCUCGGCCAUGAAAGCCAGCAUCAUCAGCGAGCUGAGCUCCAAGCUGCAGCAGAUGAGCGGGGUGUCGUGGGCCCGGCCCCCCGACGGCGCGGGCCCCUUCGGCGCCGACCGGCCCGGCUCCCUGCAGCGCCAAAGGCCCCCCGCGGACACGUCGGGCCCCUGCAAGCCGCCCAGCAGCCUGUUCCACAACUGGCCCAAGGCGGGGCCGGGCGCCAAGCCCCCGAAAAGCGUGGAGUUCGACAUCCGCCCGGCGCUGCGCCGGGCCCCCAGCCCCGCCGCCCUGCCCAGCGAGCACAAGAUCAGCCCGGCCCCCCGGCCCUCCUCCCUGCCCAUCCUGCCCUCCGUCCCCCUCUACGGCGGCAUCUACGACCUGCGCGGCCCCCCCCCCUCCGGCCCCUGCCCCUUCCCCGACUUCCCCUCCGGCAGCCGCUCCCUCUCGCCCACCCACUUCCUGCCCCCGGCCACGGACAAGCCCUUCGGCGCCAAGCCCCUGCCUUUCUGGACCAAAUUCGACGUGGCCGACUGGCUGGAGUACCUGAAGCUGGGCGAGCACCGCGACCGCUUCCUGGACAACGAGAUCGACGGCUCCCACCUGCCCUCGCUCACCAAGGAGGAUUAUAUCGACCUGGGCGUCACCCGCGUCGGGCACCGCAUGAACAUUGACCGCGCCCUCAAGCUCUUCCUGGAGAGGUGAUGAGAGAAUCCCCCGCCCCCAGGAGAGGGGAGCCCCCAGCCGCCCCGAGGACACAGAGGCCUGAAUGUAUCGGACGCCAGGAGCAAGGAGAAGCCGUGCGGCGAUGCCCCCCCACCCCCAGAGAGUGAGGGGCCCCCAGGAUGCCCCCCCCUUGGAAAGAGGGGCCUUGAAUCCCAUGGGGGGGCAGAGGGUGCUGGGAGGCGAGGGAGGGAACCGCGCCGGCUUGCACCAUC